AUGCAUAAAGUUGUUGUUAAAGCACUAAUUCGUGAAUUCUUUAUAAAAACAGGACUGAAUGAGACAUUAAAUACAUUUGAUAAAGAGUAUAAUGAAAAGACUGUAAUAAAAAAGAUGGAUGUAAUUUUAUAACUUGGACUUUCAAAAAUUGUGAAAAGAAACAAUGAAUAAUAGAAACCUUUAAAUAGUUUAUUAGAAAUCCUAAUCUCUCAUAUUCUCAAUAAAAAAGCAUUAUUAGAAGAAUUAACAAUAGUAUCAAAAGCAGAAAGAAUUGAAGACAUCCCUUAAGAUAUUCCAUAUGAUCCUACUAUUGGAGUAUCUCGUUAAAAUAAAAUGAAGAAACGUCCUUAAUCAGAAUAUAAGCCUAAGAAUUUAGAUAUAUCAAAAGAAGAAGAUCUAUUUAUUGAAUAAAAAGAUGAUAAGAAAGAUGAAAAAUAUUCACCAAAUAAAGGAGCAUUUGAAGUACCAAGAAAGUCUUCACUUAAAUAAGUUAAAUUGUUUGAUUUUUAAGAAUAAAAUGCUAAUGAUCAAACUAAUUAAGAAAAGAAAGAUAAACCAUAAUUACCACUUGCUCAACCACCUAAAUUAAUCAAUAUGAAAAAAUAAUCUGAAAAUAAAGAAGUCGAAUAAAUAUCAUUCACAGAAUAACCAAAUAAUAAUUAAGAAAAUUUAUUAUAAAAUGUCAAAGUAGAAUAUCAAAAAUGCAAUAUCAAAUAGCAUAAUGUGUAACUUACUUCAUCAAACAUUAAUUAUGAUAAAAGUAUUGGUUUUAAUUAAGGAAAACGUAAACCUUAAUAAAAAACCAUUACAUAAUCUGUUAAAAAAUUAUUAUUUUAAGGAACAAUGACUGGAUUACCAAAAAGUUGGUCAUAACCUUUUAUUUUAAAAAAUGAACCUACUUUUUUUGGAUUACAUUAGUUAGAAGGAGGUCCAUGUGGUGUUUUAGCCUCAGUUUAAGCCUACUAUCUUAAACACUUUUUAUUUUCUUAAUCUACCUAUUCUAAGUCUUCAAUUAAAUAAAAUUGUUUACUUGCUGCCUUAUCAGACAUUUUAUAUAAAUCUAAUAAAGAAAGACUUAUUCUAGCUAUUCCAGCAAGAGAUUCAUCAAUGAAUUAAGCAAUAGGAAUUGAAAGUUGUGAUUAAUUAGAAUACUAAAUCAAAUCUCUUAGUUAUUUGUAUGAAGUACUAUUGGAACAUACUUCUUUAUUUUUUGGAUAAAAUGGAGUAACUUUAUUCUUCUAUUCUCUUAUUUUAACAAAAGGAGUUGAAUAAAUAAUGUCUGAAAUGGAUUCAGCAACAAAUCCUUUGAUUGGUAAUCAUGGACAUUGUACUUAAGAAGCUGUAAAUUUAAUGUUGACUGGAAAGGCUAUUAGUAAUUGUUUUGAUGGGUAAUAUUAAUUUUAUAAUUUAUAGAUGCAAACAAAUUGAUGAAUUGAAAAUUAAAGGAAUUGAAGAAAGGAGUGAAAUUGGAUUUUUGACUAUAUUUGAACAUUUUUAAUAUCUUGAAGUGGGAAAGAACUUGAAGGAACCUUUACUACCUAUAUGGGUAAUUUGUAAAGAAUAUCAUUAUUCAGUCAUUUUUGGUUGUAAUAAUGAUGUAAUCUAAGAUAAAACUUAUUUAAGUAAUAUAUAAUAAAUAUAUAUUAGAAAAUAAUUUAAAAGAAUUUGAUCUUGUAUUUUAUGAUGGGUUAAAUAAUUCUGAUGAUCUAAUAAUAAUUACAAUAAGAAGAUUAGGUGCUCAAUUAGGCAAAUAGAAAAAGAAGGUUUAAAUAGAGGGAGUUUAAUUUGAUUCGAGUGACUAAAUUACACCCUUAAUAGAAUGUUUACUAAAAACAAAAUAUGGAGAAUUAGAAUUAGAUUGGAAUGAUAGUAUGCCAAUAUUAUGA